AUGAAGGGCCCCUUUUCACUAUUCGCUCUUGCGGCAGUCGCAUUGGCGCAGGACGAAGGCAGCGCUGUUCUCACUGCGAUUCAGAUCCAAUCCGACCUCACUCAACUAUUCGCUGCUCUGCAACUGUUUCCCGAUGUGGUGAGCACCCUCCGUUCAGCAUCCAACAUAACUAUCUUCGCUCCGACCGACACAGCUUUUGCGGCUCUCGGAUCUGACGCACCUACGGGAGAUGCCUUAGCCGCAGUUCUCAACUACCACGUUGUCCAGGGCCAGUAUCCAGCUUCCACGAUUCCGACGAUGCCGACCUAUGUGCAGACUCUGCUGACGCCAGAGCUAUCCCAGACGGACACAGCCCUGACCAACGUUACUGGGGGUCAGUAUGUGGGUGUGGUCAAUAAUGGAACUGGUGUGCAGCUUUUGAGCGGCAAUCUGGCUGUUUCAAAUGUUGUUGAAGCAGACAUAAUUCAGGGCGGCUCAAUCAGCAUCCACAAGAUCGACCGUGUGCUGACCCUUCCCGAGAAUUUGGCUAUCACGCUGUCCGAGGUUGCGGGUGCCUCGACUAUUGUUGACGCUGCUAUAGUCGCUGAUCUGUCCGAGACACUCACUACAGUUGAGGAUCUUACAAUCUUCGUCCCGAAUGAUGCUGCGUUCGAAGCUAUUGGCUCCGUCCUUGCCACUGCCAACCUAGAAACACUGCAGAGCGUACUCCAAUAUCACGCCAUCACUGGGGCGGUAUUCUUCGCUGAAGAUGUCACAAACACUACUUCUCCUUCUCUGGCUGGAAACUUGACCUUGUCAGUCAUUGAUGGCGCAGUAUUUGUCAAUGAGGCCAAGGUCAUCAUACCUAACAUCAUCCUCUCAAAUGGUGUGGCUCAUGUUAUUGACUCGGUCUUGAAUCCCCUUGCCACAGAGCCUUUCGACCGAGCCUCGCUCUCGCCAUCGAACUCGCCUGUCGUCGCCUUUCAAGGCGCUUCCCCUACGGCAGUCAGUCUCGGGCUACCCCGACCAGCUCCAACCACUACACUUUCGGUCCCUGCAGUUUUGACCUCUGGCCUUGCUACUGUCACUGGUACACGAGCAUCUGCUUCAGGUUCGGCAACGAACUCAGGGCCUGCUGUUGCAAGCGCGUCUGGCGAAAGUGGUGCGUCUAGCCAACGGAUUGUUGGUGGUCUACACGCUGCGGGGGGGUUGCUGGGUGUUGUUGCCUUACUUGCAUAA